AUGUACUUCUUCCUCUCCAACCUGUCCUUUGUGGACAUCUGCUUCACCUCCACCACCAUCCCAAAGAUGCUGGUGAACAUCCAGACACGGAGCAAGGCCAUUACCUAUGCAGGCUGCAUCACCCAGAUGUGCUUUUUCAUUCUCUUUGUAGGGCUGGACUUCUUUAUUCUGACUGUGAUGGCUUAUGACUGCUUUGUGGCCAUCUGCCACCCUCUGCACUACAAGGUCGUUGUGAUCCACCAACUUUGUGUGUUGCUGGUUUUGAUGUGCUGGAUCCUGAGUGUUCUGAAUUCUCUAUUACAAAGCUUAAUGGUGUCCUGGCUUUCCUUCUGCACACAUGUGGAAAUCCCCCACUUUUUCUGUGAAAUCAAUGAGGUCCACCUUGCUUGUUCUGACACUUUCUUUAAUGACAUGGUGAUGUAUUUUGCAGCUUUGCUACUGGCUUGCUGUCCCCUCAACGGCAUCCUUUACUCCUACUCCAAGAUAGUGUCCUCCAUCCUUGCAAUCUCAUCAACUCAGGGCAGGUACAAAGUCUUCUCCACCUGUGCGUCUCACCUCUCUGUGGUCUCCUUAUUUUAUGGCACAAGUCUGGGUGUGUACCUCAGUUCUGCUGCGACCCAGAACUCACGCUGUACUGCAAUAACCUCAGUGAUGUACUGUGUGGUCACCCCCAUGCUGAACCCCUUCAUCUACAGUCUGAGAAAUGAGGACAUCUAG